AUGGACCCAAAUAAUCGGCCCAACUGGUUCAUUGGUGGAGGCUUUGGAGUGGCGAGUGUAGAUAGCGUGACCUUACAGCAGACUGAACCCAGGAGCAGCCAGAGGACAGACAAGGUCAGAGCAGAUCAUGAGUUGACCCUUAAUGUGAGGGUCAGAUCAUCCAGAAUCAGAGCCAGAGGAGUAGACCGCAGCAGAUCAGACCGAGACCAACAGAAUGAUUACCAGACGUGUCAUGUGACAGAGGCAGCAGCUCAGUCUGACACUGUGACUCCCAAUCAAGGAGAAUCAUGUGAUCUGCAGAACACUGGAGGAGCAGGAUGUAGUUUGUCAGUGGAAGGUCCAGGAUGUCAGCAAACCAAAGCUCAAGGCGCACCACGAUGGGCUGCAUGUGAAUUUGAACAUCUAGCUUCACUGAGAAAAGUCAGAUGUAGUCCCGGAGUAGUGAGCGCCCGCUGCCAGUGUCCACCGCGUUGUCCAUCAAAGCCGGAGAGCUCAGGCUCACUCCUGGUCGUCCAAAAUCUCACGUCCCUGAAGGCCCUGAGGACUGUUCUUCAACCCUACUGUGACAACAGGAUACCUGCAUAUAACGCCAUCUGGAACUCUGAGGACUGCUCUGUUACCACGUUUCUGCAGUGCAGAGGGUGUUUGUCUCAAAGCCCUGCUCUGUCUCCAGCUUUAAUGGCAGCACACAUCCAGUACCCUCACGACAACGCUAAAGAUCAGAUAUGGCUGGUCCCAAGUGCAGUCCACUACUGCUCUCUCAUCCACAUUAAAGGCUGAAGCUUGAACAGAAUCAGAGGAUCAGCAGCAGCUUGGGGCGUCACAGAGUGGUAGGUAAAUCAGGUAAUAGCUCAGGGCCACAAAAACCACCCUGCAACAACAACCCUUCAUUUUUAUGAUCAGUUAGGCACAGAAGGUUGUAAAAACACCCCGGUUAGAAACUCUAGUGGCCCUUUCCAUGCAUUCCACAUUCCGUGUCAGCAGAGAGUUGCAUGUGCCCACGGUUCCGUGCACACUAAAUGUCGGUCUAGUGUUCCACACAUGUGCAGUUGAUCCCACAUUCCAUUCCACACCAAUAUACUGUCUUCCUGGAGCAUGUGAAGCCGACACGUACAGUCCACGGGGUUACAAAUGUUUGGGCUGCGUCCGGAUGUCCGCAUAGCGUCCGCGUGUACCGCCAUGGUCAUGGGUGGAUAAAGAAACCUAUAACAUUAUAUACACCUUCGCUGACCUCUGCAGACUUGCUGACCCAGAAACCCUGUGUUACUUUAAGGAAACAAGGCUUAUGUAUUAGACCUUCAGGCCCCAAAAUCUGCAAACAGUCCCGGAGUUUUAUUUCUGCCUGUGUAUUAAUCCAGUUAUUGUUAUUUCCAUGAUAUAAAC